CAGUACAAUCAAGUUAAGAAGCAAGUUGUCGAUGUUACAAUUCGACAGGUGUUCAUUAUGAUCCUAACCGGCACGAACUUUUUUACACUUUUCCCCCUUCAUGUCAAAGCAAUUCCUCUGUUUUCGGUUCUGCGUUCUCCGUUUUCACUGUUUCAUUGUGACGCCAAAAAGAACAAGAAAGAAAUGGAUAAGAGAGAGUUAUUAGGAGUUCAUAAGAGAAAGAGAUCAGUGAAGAAAAACAAGAAAAAAGUUCUCAAGAAAGUUGUUGACUAUCUAAAAUCCGAUUCUUACAUGUUCGCUCCAUUGAUUUCUCCUCCAUUAACGAACUUUCUAGCAUCAAGAAUCGUCCCUUCUUCUUCUACUACAGAAGUGGAAACAACGGGAAACAAGAAACAGAGGAAAAAGAGCUUCAUACAGAAAGUUGGGGAGUAUUUGAAAUCUGACACGCACUUAUAUUCUCACUUAUGUGUUCCUCGACAUCCUACUUCACCUAAAGAUUUUAAUGGAUACGUUAGACGGGUUACAAUGGAAAUCUCCACGAGGAAAUUAAUUAGGGAGAAUGAUCAAUCCACUAUUGAGGCAUCAAACAUAACAGUAAACGAUGAAAUCACUAAGGGCAAUAUUCCUGGAAGAAACAUUUCAAGUCAGCAAAAGUUCAUACAUAAGGAAAAAGUUCACGUGCAGAUGUGCGAAACCUGUCGCUCAUCUUCGGUGUCAGGAAAACCAAUGGUCAACUCGCAGCUAAAGAAGUUCUUAAUUGACUAAACUAUUAUAUGAGGAGUAUGUAAAAGCCUUUUUAACAUUUUACAUAUGGUCAUGUAUAUUAAAAUAUUUACCAGUUGCAUUGUUUUGUUGAAAUUUUUUGUUAGGGUGUUCAUAUUCCUAAAUGUUUGUCAGCAUUUUGUAUCCUAAACAUAGGAUAUAGGUAUAUCUAUGCAAAUUGUUACUCGAACGAACGGUUAGGCAGCGAUUGAUUUAAUGUCUGUUUGUCAUAUUCAUGUAUGCUAAUCCUUAACAGUGAGAUUUUUGUA